AGCUGGUGCAAAUAAAAAGUUCGAAGGAGGAAGUAGGAAGUCGUUUACGAACAAACCAAGCACAAAGAAGAGAAAUUGACAAUUUAAGACGUAAGACAAUGGCGGGUAUUAAAGCGCUGGUUGGCUUGUCCUUCAGUGGAGCUAUCGGCUUGACUUUCCUGCUGUUGGGCUGUGCACUGGAGCAGUAUGGGGUGUACUGGCCUCUCUUCGUCCUCAUCUUCUACAUACUGUCUCCUGUCCCCACCUUCAUAUCCAGAAGGCUCAGUGAUGACAGUGACGCCGCCAGCAACGCAUGCAGAGAGCUGGCAUGCUUCUUCACUACGGGCAUUGUGGUGUCUGCGUUCGGGCUUCCCAUCAUACUGGCCCGGGUUGCAUUAAUCCAGUGGGGGGCCUGUGGCCUGGUGAUGGCUGGCAACGCUGUCAUCUUCCUGACCAUCCUGGGCUUCUUCCUGGUGUUCGGCGGGGGAGACGACUUCAGCUGGGAGCAGUGGUAGACCGUCUGGAUCUCUGGCACCAUCCCAAAUGGACCCCUAGACCCUACGCCCUAUGGACUUGUGGAGAUCUGACAUGUUUACCGGUGCAAGCAAUAUGGUAGUAGCUUCACCUUGCCCUCUGAUAGGCUAGGUGGAAGUUUCACCAUAUUGGUUUAAACCAAUCAAAUCUACUCUGAUCUCUAAAAGUGCAUAGGGUGUAGGGUCUAGGGGUCGAUUGGGACACAGAGACGGAGGGAGUCAGUCAUUCCUGUUAUUAACAACAAGGUUACAGUGGCGGACGACAGAUAUGAUAAACCAAAAAGCUACUACGGCCUAACGUCGCUACUAACUGACGUUUUAAGAAGCUGAUGCUGACUAUUUAAUGUCCUAUGAGAAAGGGGGUGGCACCAGGACUGCCAACCCCUCCUGGUUAGUGAGGAGGGGGUGGCACCAGGACUGCCAACCCCUCCUGGUUAGUGAGGAGGGGGUGGCACCAGGACUGCCAACCCCUCCUGGUUAGUGAGGAGGGGGUGGCACUAAACAGGGUGUCUAGGAUGUUAAUAGACACUGCGAUGUCUGUCCUUUUUUCCCUCCAGACAACUGAUCAGUUUCUUAUAGUAUUCGCUCCAAUAUUCUCUUCAACCUUUUUUGCCUUACCUGUCCUCUAUGCUGAGGGAGAGUCAUUGAAAACCAGUGUCCCGUCCAGACCCCCGCCAGCCCCCUAGGAACUUGUUGAUCUCAGUGAGAAGACAGGAUAGGUGUAAGCAUGUGGUGAAAUAUCACCAAGGGGAAAUGCUCUUGUAACAUCUACACAAGUGUCUAGGGCUAGUGGUUGUUUCUGGACAAGGCCCAGCUCUCUACAUUCAUAUCUAUAAAGCCGGAUGCUAGUGUAAGGAUAAUAAUAACUUGUACGUGUGUUAUGAGGGAUACUGUUGAAUGAUUUUGGUUGUAAUCACCACUACGCCGUCUGUUUCCACUUCAUUUAUGGAGUAUUCUGUUUGUUUGUGGAAAUCUUAUUUAAGCGUAAGCAUUUCAAAUGAUCUACUCAUUCUUACAGCUGAUUGCGUGUGUACCUUUUUUCUGUUUGUAUGUAUCUAUUUCAUAUGAUCACUUUGGGUAUGACUUCAUAACCAGGUCAAGGUUUCUGUCUGUAGUUUGUUGUUUUCAACAUGUUGCCCUUCUGCAAAUGUUUCCACCAAUACCAAAGGCCAUUUUAAGAAAAUAAGGUAGACAUGAUUCAUUCACCCCACUAAGGUUUCUGAUGUGUCUAUGAUUAUGAAACACAGAGUUCAUAUUAAUUAUGAAAACAACAUUGUUAUGCCAUUAUAAGCUGGUUGUCUUCACUGAGGACAGAGGCUAACAUAAGGGUUUGUGAAUCAUUGUCUACAUUAGUACGGGAAUGUUGAUUUCACACAUGGAAUGUAAACACUAUAUAUUUUGUGUUUUGUAGACCAGGUCUGUUUGUGUUCAAAUGAAGUGCCCACAUUUCUAUUCACCAAAAAACUCAUUGACAAGUGCCUGUUAAAUCAAUAUAUUUUUUUUUUACUUACUCCAAAACAUUUUUAUAUAACUUAUAAAAGUCACUUUUUAUAUUCGGUACUGGUAAAGCCGGAGAAUAUAUAUAGUACAUUAGUGAUCAGAAGUAACCAAACUACUUUAUACUUAGUGAUUGCAUGUUGCUAAAGCUAAGUAUAAAGUAGGCCUACUUCCAAUCAAUGUCUUAUUUUCACUGAAGGGUCUAUUGAAGGGUGUUUCAGAGAGAGUGGCCAUAUGCAACAACAACAACAAAUAGGACUUUCCAUUUCACUCGUGUGUGUAUAAUUGAUACACUUGUGCAUGUAAUAGGACAGAUAUAAUCACCCACCAAAGAAAAACAUUUAACAUUUCUACAUGAUCUUAUCGCAUGAAUAUAAACAUUGUUUUAAGAGCGAUCGUUCAUUAUGACGCCUUCGUGUUGCACAUGUACUGUAGACGUCAACUCGAAACUUAACAUCCACUUUCAAAACACUAGAGGGCACUAAAGACCUGUAUUUAAACUCCUGACGAAAAAACUACAGUCUGUUUUCUAACAUUAAUUAAAACAUUUCUUUUUUUUAAUAUG